CCUGUCCAAUCAGCGAAGUGCUCGGGUGUGUAUUAACCAAUCACACUUCAGGAGGCGGGUUUUAUUCCCAGCUAAAGUGAGGAAGUUAAAUCGAGCAACAAGUUGUCGGUGGUUGCUGCUCUUCACUUUGUCUUGUGUUUAUACAUUUCAGCGUGAAAAUGCUCAAAACUGUGAUGGGCGCCACUGCCGGUGUGGCUGCUGGUACAGUGGGUACUGUCGUGUUAGCCCCUGCUGUACUCGGGUUGGUGGGCUUCACCGCAGGUGGCAUUACAGCCGGCUCCAUAGCAGCUGGUAUGAUGUCAUCAGCUGCUGUAGCUAAUGGAGGAGCAGUAGCAGCAGGCAGCUUAGUGGCUGUUCUUCAGUCAGUAGGCGCCGCUGGCUUUACGGCUGCCACAACGGCCGGAGUGGCAUCUACAGGCGGGAUCAUCGGCGCUGUGCUUUGGCGCAAAUCGCCAAGAGAUUGGAAAUUCUUCAGCACUAGAGGAAGAAGAGAAAGUUGAGGACCCUUCAAAUGCCACUUCUUCCAAAGAACUGCAAAAGUCUUCAUGCUUUUUUGUUGUUGUUUUUUUUUGCAUGAGUGUACUAAAACAAUUCACAAUAAAUAACAUUUGUCCAGAUUUUUUAAAAUGUG